GUUUUAAGAAAAAAAAAUCAAAUAUUUGCGGAGAGACAAAGGAAGGCAGAGAGAGAGAGAGAGAGGUAUCUGGUUUGCGAUAAAAAAGCCUUGGAGAAGAGGUAAAGCUUCUUCCCUCCUUCCUCUGCAUCUCUUAUAUACGAUGCCGUAUCGUCUCGCUUUCGUCUGACCAGAUAGGAUCUAUCUACCGUUUGAAUUAGCUCCUUAUUUCCGUGGAGACCUCCUUCGCCUGCGUGAGAGAGCCAUGCCUACUUUCUCAGCAAUUGCUUUGGAUAGAAUGAUAGAGCCAGGUGCUGCUUCCACGUCUCAUUACUCAAAGCCGCCAGUACCUAACCAACCUCCUCGGAUGUCACCUGCUCUCUACGCCACUCCCGACGCAGUUCCACUCCCCAACUCUCCCUCUUCCUCUUCCUCUUCUUUCCCGCCCUCUCCUUACAUCAUCAACCACAAAUCACGCGCCCCCCCUCGUCGCCUUUUGAAAUCCUCUUCCGAGGCUAAUGUUGCUGAUGAAGGUCUUGUUGCUGAUGUCACGAUCAAGGUUUCACCUCGGAGGAGGAAGUCCACCUCUUUCUCCUUUCCCAUCACCGAGGCUACUGAAGAGGAUUAUUAUGGAAGCUUUGAUUUUGAUUCAAAGCCGGAGUUGGAUAAUGCUGCCAAUGAUGAUUUAGAAUGUGAAAACAAUAAUACGCCGGAGCCUGUAACUGCCAAGGUAGAUAAGGAGAGUGAGUCCGAAGAUUUCUACGACCCCGGUGAGUCAGCAAGCUUCACAAGUAACACCGACGCAGGAGAGGACGGUUCAAACAGACUCGCUACUCCUGUUGGAGAGUUUUACGAUGCUUGGGACGAGCUAUCAACCGACAGUGGAAUGCAGAGUUCAGUUCACAACAACAACAUCGAGACCGAGCUGAGGGAGAUAAGGCUUAGUUUAGUGAUGGAAAUCGAGAAGAGGAAACAAACGGAGGAGGCUCUGGAGGGGAUGCAGACUCACUGGGGGAGACUCCGUGAGCAGCUAGCUCAGGUUGGUGUGUUCGUUCCUAUUGAUCCCACCACCUCCACCAACAACAACGACAUGAGCCUAUCGGAAGAGCUACGCUGCCAGCUCGAGGUUGCUAGGUUUGUCUCCGACUCUCUAGGCAGAGGUGUGGCCAAGGCUGAGGUAGAGAUGGAGAUGGAAGCUAUGCUCGAAACUAAGAACUUUGAGAUCACGCGUUUGUCUGACCGUGUGAACUACUACGAAGCUGUGAACCGAGAGAUGUCUCAACGAAACCAAGAAGCCAUAGAGGUGGGACGAAGAGAGAGACAAAAGAGAAAGAAGAGGCAGAGAUGGAUAUGGGGAUCAAUUGCAGCAACCAUUACCCUAGGAAGCGCGGCAUUGGCAUGGUCUUAUAUUCCUGCGUCCAGACCAUCAUCAGAAGCAUCACAGCCUCUCAAGGAUGAUUAAGUAAGCCCUCUCGUCUUCAUAAAUGGGUGUUUGAUAUGAGCAAGAGAAAUAAGAUACAGGACGUUUAGCACACGCUUGUGAAUAGAAAAUAUAUACAUGUUUGGUUAUUUGUUUUAACCGUUCAAGAGGGAUGCAUAGCUCACGAGUAGCUACAACACAUGUUUUUUUUUAUUUUUUUUUUUAAAUUGCGGUUGCAAACACAUUCACUAACAUUCAGUGUUAGCUUUCUAGUCUCAAAUGCUUGGCUUUGCCUACAUUUGAAACUUUCAACAAACGAUCUCAUGGGUUGAUACU